UGCUAAAUUGGAUCCCAAUGGAAAAGUACUCUCAGUUUCGCGAUCGAGCCUCUGGUAUCGCACCAUUCCUCCCGGUCGUUGGCCAGGUGCAGCCAUUGACCUUCGCCCUAAAGCUCGUUCUCUUUUGUAUUCGACUUCCUCUCUUCGCCUUCGCCUUGUUCGUAUACUUUGGGGUUUUACAAUGGCUCCCAAUUGGAUCGCUAGGAAAUAAAGCUUGUCUGUGGGCCAUCGCGGGCGUUGCUGGUUUGUGGUGGGCCGACUUGCACAUUGACGGGGUUAAGAAAGGAUCUCUCGCCCGACAACAUGCCAACCGCCUCCCCCAGCCAGGGUCGGUUAUUGCAUCCUCGUUUACCUCGCCCGUCGAUUCUCUCUAUCUCGCUGCGGUAUUUGACCCGAUAUUCACGGUUUCGUAUCCCUCUACACAGAAGUUACGACGCGUUUCGCUGUUUCAAGCCAUUCUGCAUGCAUUUUCCAUUCCAGAAACGCAUCCUUCAUCUUCAGAUCUCACAGAACUCCCUUCUCUUUUGAAACAGUACCCGCACCACUGUAUUGUUGUGUAUCCGGAAUGCACCCCUACAAAUGGAAAGGGAAUCUUGGAACUCAGUCCCUCAAUCACUUCUGCGCCCGCUGGCGCUAAAGUAUUUCCCGUCAAUCUCCGGUAUACACCCGGAGAUAUCACCACCCCUAUCCCCAAAUCCUACUUUGGUUUUCUUUGGAACUUGUUGAACCACGCGACUCAUUCCAUUCGGGUCAGGAUUGGGGAACCCGUCAUUGUUGGACAAAAUGACCCAAACAAUUUCAUCUUUGAUGAACAGCAGACGUUGCUCACCCAAGUUGGUGACGCUCUCGCAAGGCUGGGCCGCGUCAAACGGGUUGGCCUCGGUGUAAGGGAAAAGCAACAGUUUAUUAAAAUGUGGUCCAAAAACAAGAAAGGUCUGCUGAGCUGAAUGGAAGAGGAGGAAGUGCCUAUGCUUGAUCAGUUCUACGUACAACCUGCUCAAUCCGCUCCGUCCUUGGAAGGCAACUGGCGCCUAGUCCCUGGCCAAAAUUCUACCGUUUUU